AUGGAAGCGAACUCCCAGAGCUUGCCACUUCCUUGUGAGGAAGCGAACGAAGGACCGUCCAAGGACUUCCUAGACCCAACGAUUCUCGUGCUGGCAGGCCAGUCCGUAGUGUGUGAGACUGCCCCCGCAAUACCACUUUACCAGAUGAACUGGAACGUGACCUCCCUCCCACCCAAGGGCUCAUCCGUGGUAUUCGAGCGGGUAGUAGAACACGGCCAAGCGGAAACGGCCGAGGGCACAGCUCCCAGCAAGCCGCAGAACCGCCAUCUCUUCUAUCUCGCGCACCCGCCAGGCGCGCAACUCAGCAAUGAAAAACCUGCCUACUACAUCACAUCCGUGCUGCCCGAGAUGCUGGGAAAUAUCAGCCUCGAGGCGGUCAAGUCGCGACUCCAGAAGCCGGAGUUGAAGGCGCGUUUGCCCGAAGAAGACCAUGGCGGCAUUCCCGUUGUAGCGUACGAGGACGGAAAGGGUGAGCCGCACAGACUCGUCGUCACGGCGCCGAUGGAGAGGAGGAUCAGGGAUGCGCUGGUCGCCACCUGGUGUUUGAGACUCUGGCACGAUACGGCCGAGAGCCGACAGGCUCGCACAGAAGCUCUGGAAAGGUGGACACCGCCUGAGAGCAUGCGAGGAUAUGGAGAUAUGAAGAUGGCCAAGACAGCUGGAGCACUCGGCGCUGUUGCUGGAGCUGGUGGUGGAGCUUGUUGA